AUGGAGCAGGUGUCGGACACCUCGUGCGCUUCGACCGCGCCGCCGCACUCGAUCUCCUUCUUGGGCGAGGGCGCCACUGCGCAGGUGUAUCUGGCCGAGCACGAGGCGUCGGGCGCUCAUGUGGCCAUUAAAGUGAUCGACAAGCUGCUGGUGCAGCGCGCACAGUUAGAGAGCAAAGUCCGACAGGAGAUGGUGCUCCACGCCGAGCUGCGGCACCCGCACGUGCUGCACGUCCAGAGCGUCUUCGACGACGCCCGCAACUUCUACAUGGUGCUGGAAUACUGCGCACGGCGGUCGCUGUCGGCCAUCGUCAAGACGCUUCCGGGUCGAAAGAUGGACGAGCAGACGGCUAAGAAGAUAUUUCGGCAAGUGGUGGCUGGAGUUGUGUACUUGCACGCUACUGGCGUGAUCCAUAGGGACCUCAAGCUCGCCAACCUGCUCAUGAACGCGAACGGGGAAGUCAAGAUCUCGGACUUUGGCCUGGCAGCAAGACUCGGGGACGAUCAUGUGACGAUGUGUGGCACGCCGAACUUCAUCGCGCCGGAGGUGUUGUUGGCGGCGGAGGACGAGCCGUAUGAUGAGGCGGUUGAUGUUUGGUCACUGGGGUGCAUUUUGUACUGCUUGUUGCUGGGGAAGGCGCCAUUUGAAGGACGCAAAGUCAGUGAGACACUGGAGAACGUAGCGAACGCAGGCCAGACCCCUUUGAAGUUUCCGGAAGGGUUUUCUGCGUCAGCUAGUGACUUGAUCAAGCGGUUGCUUACUCCGAACCCUCGUAAUCGGCCGACUGCCCAUCAAAUUCUGCUACAUCCGUGGCUACGCGAGCAACCCCAGAAGCGCGCCCCCCCUCCACCUAAUGGAAAGCGUAAGUCUCUCUCACGCGCGCAGCAAGCGUUGCCUCCACACCCUCGCACACUAUCUCGAUCUCCUGAAAAAAACCGUGAAAGCCGCAGAGCUGCAGUGAUUCAGUCGAUGAAAGAGGAGGACCUUUUCGUGUCGUCUUCCAGUUCGUCCGUCCUAGCAGUAGAGCUACCACGCAGGCGGCGUACGCUUGGAGAUAGUCGCACCAGCGCCAAACAACGUGGUUUGCACGAGGUACCAGCGACUAGGAUGGGUUCCUCUCGGAGGCAAUCAAUGCAAUCAGCUCAUGUGAAUAGCAGCAGUGAGAGCAGCUCAAGCCCCGAUGAUGCAAGUAUGACCCUCAACGAUUACAGCGAUCUCUCCGAACUAUCGAUGUCCACGACAUUUAAUGAUCGGGCUGACCGGAGUGGGGAACAUGACGACAUCGGUGAAGACGAUCAAGCAGAAGCAGAAUCACUUGUUGCUGUCCGAGCGAACUCAAUAUCGGUUGUCAUGCACCUGGAGUUAGAGGACGUCUCGUGCUUCGGGCUUUCAGACGGUAAUGAAGGCAACUUGAAUGACUCAAAGACGGCGUUGCAGUGGAGCUGUAAGGAACCGGCAGAAAUCGGUAGACCGCCGACUUUUGAACUCAAGGUAUCCAACGGAUGGGAAGCGAGCUAUGAUCCAGCUAGUGGGGUACUUACAGCCAUGACGCCUGAGAGAGAGCCACUGCGACACGAAAUCCCGGGGGUAAGUGGGAGUCGAUCCGGAGCUAACUCGGUCUCUAACUCGUCUCGAACUUCGACAGCCCGCUUUACCCAGCGCGCACAUUUGCCACCGUUGGUUCGGUUUUGCCAGUGCCUUGCACUGCGUACCAUGCAACUGCGGCAAAUCGCACUACGAGGUCAGGCCAGCAAGCUCCCGUUCAUUCACUACGACACUCUCUCAGAAUCAUUGCUGGCAUCAUUCCGAUAUCGAUCCAGUCUGCUUACCAGCUUCCCUCAAACAACAUCUCUAUCAACUGGACGUGCUAGCGACAUAGCAGCUGCAAACGAGGGGAUCAUCUUGACCGAACACCCAGUGGAAAAUCAAAACGGCGUCGAGGUUGCAGGUGUCGGGCGUGGAUGUAUUGACGCCACUGGAGACUUGCUCGUUGUGUACUUGGAUGGGUCCCAGCUUACACUGGCGGCGAGUGGACUGCAACUACGAUUUCGGCCACCGUGGGCAAAUAAUGAUGACAAUCCUACUGGAGACGUGUUCGAUCUUCUCACUGCUGGCAGCAUGUCGGCGUUUCUGCCUUCAGCGGUGAAGCAGAAGUUGGAGAGUGUCCCGGAGUUCAUCCGUCGUCUCAAGGUGGCCGGCUAA